AAUGCGCUGCGGGCGACGCGAUCACAGGCCAGGCCUAGCCCGCAGAUGUGAAUCGCAGGCAAGCUCCAGGGUCCACGCGAGGCGCUACCGAGGGAGGAAACAGGGAAGCGAAGGCGGCGGCGCGGGCGACGAGCGGAGACGACGACUGCCGGCUGCCGCCUUCUCUCCGGCCGAAGUAACCAUAGGUGGCGGGAGGAUGGAGGUGAAGCUCAAGGACCUCGUCCCGGCAGCGACCAACACAGUGAACACGACGUUCAUCGUGGUCGACAAGGUGCCCCGCCCGGCCCACGCAAACGCGCACGGCAGGGAGGAGACAUGCCCGUCACUAGUGGCUGACGAGACGGCGGCGGUGCAUUUCCUUCUGUGGGGCACCGAGUGCGAUGCCUUCGAGCCUGGGGACAUCGUGCGGCUCACGAGUGGCAUCUUCUCGUACCAUAGGGGCAACAACCUGUUCUUGCGCGCCGGCAAGCGAGGACGAGUGGAGAAGGUGGGCGAGUUCACCAUGAUGUUCGUCGAGACGCCCAACAUGAGCGAGGUGAGGUGGGGGCCCGAUCCAGGCGACCCAAGGAAGAUGGUGCAGGAGGCUGUCGUGUCGCCCUACUCCCAAGUCUUCAAUCCGCUGCACUGAUGCCUAUCAUUUCAGGCUUCCAGCUCAUUGUUGCUCCAAGUCUCAUCAAAUCUUAUGCAAUACUAACCGUGGUAGUAAAUUAUGCAAUACUAACCACUUGCUGAGUUUUGUAUGCUUUCUCCUUAAAAUAUCACUGGGUCAUCGUUCUAAUGCCUUGAGAUGUUUCUCAUGUAAAUGGAGCUCAUAGAAGAUUUAGCAAGCCAAAAGUAUAUCCCAAGCUGUGUUGAUGUGAACAACAGUGUAACUUUUUCCCUGAAAUGUUCAAAAUACAACUGAAGUUGCGGGCAUGAGUUUAAUUAUAUGUUUUUUCUUGAGGAAACAUUUUAAUUUUAUGUUACCUAGAUAAUUUUUUGUGUUUUAUGAAAUUGCUCAACUGUUGGUCUCAUAAUUUGAUCACAUAAUGGUUGAAACACUGAAAUGCACUGAAAUUCUGAUGGUUUUUGAUUUCUGCUUUUCCUUCUUGGCAGAGUUCAGGUUCUUGAAAAGGCUUAUUCUUGUCCAUGGACGAUACUCACACAACCGUACUGCCUUCCUUUCGCAGUAUUCGUUCUACAAGUCAUUGUUAAUUUGCUUUAUUGUACUCUCGUUAAUUUGCUUUAUUCAGAUACUCUUACGUCACAAACAAAAUCACAGGUCCAUAAUUCACCUUCAGAAUCACAGAUCUUAUAUGUAAUAUCUUUCUCAUAUUUCAUUCAAGCAUACUGGAUACUAGCUGCUCUUGCCAGCAUUCUCAUAUUGCAUACAUGCAGUUUUUCUUUUGUUUCAGGUAUUGCCGAACCAGUUUAUUCAAUUCAGUUAGUUUGGUGGCUUAUAAUGUCUUCUACGCAAGCAUUCAUGUUCUAACUACUGCUCUGGACAAGGAUUUAUCUGAAAAAGACAGUGGCACAGAACCCAGAAAUUUCACUUUACUGCCAGUCUGGAAGGCUUUUAAUCCAAGUACUUUUCCUGGUUGGUUUGGUCGAUCAUUAUAUGAUGCAAUCUUUGUUUUCUUAAUCACCAUUAAUGCUUAUGCCAAUGAAAAAAGUGAGAUGGAGGUGUUGUCAAUGGUUGCUCUCUCAGGAAGUAUUUGGUUGCAGGCGUCUGUCUGUUGUGACAUUAGAGAUGAAUCCUUUCACUUUUCUGCAGUUUCUGGCAAUAUGGGGAACCUUUGCUGCUUUCUAGUACAUCAGAAAUUUCUGUAUCAAUGCUACCAACUGCUGGGAUGUGCACUAUCAUGUACAGCCUUUGUAGACAGCCGUCAUACUGGAUAACGACGCUGCUAAUCAGUGGAGUUGGCAUGGGUCCUGUAAUAGCUCUGAAAUAUUAUCAUUCUUCAGAAGGCCGAGCAAUCACGCGGGCCUAUGUACACCCUGGUAAAUCUGGAAUCUCAACUGAGAUCAGAGAACGAUAAUUCGACCAGCUACAUGUCGACCGACGACUGGCGACGGUCAAGAAUAAGAGCUCAGUUUAUGAGCCCCUGCUGUCUGAUUCUCCUAUGGCAUCCAGGAGAUGAGGAGAUCACUAGCAUUGUCAUCAUUUGACAUCUUUCAGCCAGCUCAGUCAAGGGUUCCUGCUGCUUAUCCCAGAAAUAUUAAAACCAGUUAACCUUUGCGUGUCAUUGUAGUAGCACAGGUUAUACCCUCAACAAAGAAAAAAAAUGGAAAUAGAAGUUGGUAUGAGUGGGUGCAAAGCAAACAAAUAUAAAAGGGUCACGCUUGUGCA